AUGAAGGUUGUUAACUCAAAUCAAGGCAAAGGUAAACCUUCUGGAAUUAGAAGACUCUAUAGACAUAACUUCUCCGCCAAUGGCCGUUCAAAGCCACGUUCGCCACUGUCCAUGCAUCUUGGAAUGCCAAGGAUGGCUGCUGUCACUACCUGGCAGGGUGCGGUUAGUUGGGCCGGCUCUAUACAGGGAAGGAGAUUAUCGUUAGGUAUCGACACUGCUACGCAACCCAAAGGAUUAUUUAUCACAAGUUCCAAAAGUCGCGCUGUCUUUUUAAUGAUGCCACCGAUGAAGCUAGCUACGCCGAAUGGGCACAGCAUGCCCAAGACGAACAACCUCGACGUUUUCGAACAGCGCUAUGACGCCAAUUUUUACGAGACCAUGGCCAAAAUCAUGGCGCUGCGACAAAAAUAUCUGCAAGACCGGUUCAUAUUCGUGGAGGGAGAGGAUAUGGUCCCAAUUCUCAAAGGCCUGGGAGCUAAGGACGCUGAUUUCGAACUCCUGAAAUCGAUCACCGACCAGACAGGCGCUGAUCCAACUCUUGAAUAUCCAUUCGGCGGUUAG